GUCAACGGACACGAAUACACUCUGAUCUUAGGAAGGUGACUCAAAAUCAAGUGUAUCGAUCGAUAGCGAGGUCUGCGUUCCAGCCAUGCUACAUGCAAUUGCCGUUCGCAUUGCCGUCCGCGAGUCCGGAGAUAAGCUUGGUGUUCAGGGUCCAGUCCGAGUAGCAUCACCUUUCGUCAUAGUUUGCGACAGCUGUGCAAGCGUCACGAUUAUGGCGUGGAUCCGAGAGUACCGGUGAUACAUGGCUAAGCGCAAUCUCGACGCCUCUCCUUGAUUCAAAAGACAGAGAAGCUCCUUCAUUCCCUUCAAAAUCCAUAAUCGAGUUCCUUCCCCAAUUGCUCCGAAGUGGUACCUGACUGGCCACUUGCAUCAUGGACCCUGUAAAUCCCAACCAAAAGGCCCGAACCACGCAGCAGUACGCAUUGUUUCAGCGAAAGAACUUUUGGAAGUCUAACGAGGGCGAAGUACCAGUGUUCAACACAGAACCGGGCAAACUCGAAGAAUUAGCAAAAGAGAAACUCAGCCAAGGUGGCUGGUUCUACGCGUCUUCAAAUGCCGGCCAAUCGCACACCCAUACCGUAAACAGACAAGCGUUCUACCGACAUCGAAUUAUUCCGCGUAUGCUGGUAGAUACCAACCAGCGCGACACUGCGACCGAGAUUUUUGGACACAAAGUUCCUGCGCCGAUUGGAUUUGCGCCUGUUGGUAUCAAUAAGAUCUACAACCCAGAGGGCGAGCUACCCGUAGCAAGAGCCGCGGGCGCUUUGGGACUCCCUUACUGUCUCUCGACAGCAGGCUCACAGAGCAUAGAGGACGUAGGCCGUGCCAACGAUGAGGGUGUGAGGAAAGGACAAGGCGACACAGGCACCGCUGCCGGUGGCGGCGAGAAGGGGGUGAGAUUCUUCCAGCUCUACAUGCCGCACGAUGACGAGCUUACUCGAUCGCUCCUCCAACGUGCGGUGGACAGCGGCUUCACAGCCUGCAUCCUAACGCUUGACACUUGGCAGCUUGGAUGGCGACACGACGAUGUCGCAAAUUCAAAUUACGCCUUCUACCAUGGGCUUGGUGCAGAUCUGGGCCUUACAGACCCCGUCUUCCAGAAAAGGCUCAAGGAAAAGGGCAUUGACCCCAAGACACAGCCCAACGAAGUUGGUGCGCUUUGGAUCGAUAACGUAUGGCAUGGACGCGCGCAUACGUGGGAGAAGGCUGUCUGGGCGAUGAAACUAUGGAAGGAGCUUAGUGGUGGCAAGCCGUUCUCUCUGAAGGGUAUCCAGAGUGUGGACGAUGCGAAGAAGGCUGUUGAUCUGGGCUUCGAUGGCAUCGUAGUCAGCAACCACGCUGGAAGACAAGUCGACGGCGCAGUUGCAAGUCUUGACGCUCUUGAGAAGAUCGUUGAUGCUGUUGGCGACAAAAUUUACAUCAUGUUCGACUCUGGCGUCCGUUCCGCAUCCGACGUCUUCAAAGCGCUCGCUCUGGGCGCGAAAUUCGUAUUCGUUGGCCGUCUGUGGAUCUGGGGCCUUUCGAUCAUGGGCGAGACGGGAGUUGACCAUGUUAUGCGCGGUCUCCUAGCUGACCUUGACAUCUUGAUGAAUGUUGGAGGGUUCAAGCACGUCGGAGAGAUUACGAAAGAUGCGCUGGAGAGUGGGCCGAAGAGUUAUCCGCUUAUGCAUACAACUAGUAAGUUGUAGGUCCUUGAGGUCCUUGAAUGAUACGGCUAGUUACCAAGUCCUCGCGAAGCUGGAUCCGAUAUAGACACGCACUUGAAUCAUUCCUCGAUAAUGUAUGCACAUCAAGUUUCCCACCGCCUAGAUAUGUUGUUCUUGCUUUCUACCUUGUGUUUUAUGUUUAUACGGCACAGCACUCAACUCUGGCUUUUGCGAAGGCACUAGAGCAUAACUUCUACAUCAGCCGCCUAACCCGCCUGACAAGUGUGAC